GCUGGUUCCCCUGCAUUCGUCUCCAUCCCUCCAUCUCGCCGUGCGCAUGGACGACCACCUCAGCCUCCUGCAAUCCCCACCGCCUUCCGUUACCAAGACCCACCGGGACGACGCCAAACUACGGGACCGCGACACCCUUGUGAACCACGGAUACACAGAGACAGACAUUGAUGUGAUGAUAGUGGUGGCGUGCGGCGGAGGCAACAUGCUGGAGGAGUCGGCAGCUCUACCAGGUCACCACUCUCUGGACCAGUAUGAACAAAACAAACCGGACCACGAGUGCUGCGAGCGCGUUGUCAUCAAUAUCUCCGGGCUGCGCUUUGAGACUCAGCUCAAGACCCUUUCCCAGUUCCCUGAGACCCUGCUGGGGGACCCCAAGAAGAGGAUGAGGUACUUUGACCCUCUGAGGAACGAGUAUUUCUUUGACAGAAACCGGCCCAGUUUCGAUGCCAUCUUGUAUUACUACCAGUCAGGCGGGCGCAUCAGGAGACCCGUCAACGUGCCCAUAGACAUCUUCUCAGAGGAGAUCCGCUUCUACGAGCUGGGAGAAGAGGCAAUGGAGAAGUUCAGAGAGGACGAGGGUUUUAUAAAGGAAGAGGAGAGACCACUACCUGACAAUGAGCUGCAAAGAAAG